UGCAAGGGCAAAUUUAAUCGAAAGUAUGGCCUAAAGUCUCACAUGGACAUUCACAAAAAGGAAAAAAAACACGUAUGUCAAGAGAGACACUGCACUUCUGCAUUCAAACGCAAGCACGAUCUAACUCGUCACGCCAAAAUACAUUCGAAUUACCGCCCUUAUUCCUGCAAGAGAUGCCACAAGUCGUUUCCGAGAAGCGACGCCUUAUUUUUGUCAGAUAUUUAUAAAUACAGCUUUUUUUUCCCUUUUGUGUGCAAGCUUGGCUGCUCAAAGCAGUUUUACCGUCGAUCUGCUUUCAAGUCUCAUCUAGAUACACAUUUAGAUGCCCGAUAUUUUACCUGUAUAACCGAGGGAUGUGGUAAAAGAUUCAAAAGAAAAAGUGAUCUUUCCCGCCAUUCGCGAGCACAUUCGAUUGAAAAUGACUUUAUGUGUACCGAUUGCGAAAAACGCUUUUACAGAAGUGACACAUUGAAGCGUCAUCUAAAACGUUGUCGGAAAAGCACUAAGUCCAUAUAA